AUGGACGUGGACAAGUUCCGGGCGGGGCUACGCGUGCUCGCCGUCGACGAUGACAGCGUCUCCCUCAAGCUCAUAGAGAAACAGUUACGGCAUUGCAACUACGAUGUGACGACGGCGAUGCACGCAGAGGCGGCGCUGGAGAUGCUCAGGGCGAGGAAGGACGCUGACCAGUUCGACCUGGUGAUCAGCGACGUGCACAUGCCGGGCAUGGACGGGUUCAAGCUCCUCGAGCUCAUCGGCCUCGAGAUGGAUAUCCCAGUGAUCAUGCUAUCCGCGAACGAUGACAUGGAGACUAUGAUGAAGGGGAUAAAGCAUGGUGCUUGUAACUAUUUGGUGAAGCCAGUGCACAUCGAACAACUUAGGAACUUAUGGAUGCAUGUGGUGAGGAAGAGUAAGACUGAUCCAAGGAACUGCAUCAACAGUGGCGAUGAUGAUGCUGGUCAGAAGUCGCAAUCUGCGGAUGCUGAGGGUCAGAAGGAUGGUGCAAGCCACACCAGGAAGAAUUCGAGGAAGAAGAAGAAGGAUGGAGAUGAUGCUGAAGAGGACAAGGGGAACACAUCAACUCAGAAGAGGCAGAGGAUCCGGUGGUCCGCUCAGCUACACCGCAAGUUUGUGGAAGUUAUCGAUCAGAUUGGCGUGGAUAGGGCUAUUCCAAAGAAGAUAGUGGAAAUGAUGAAUGUGGAUGGCCUCAGUAGAGAGAAUGUUGCAAGUCAUCUGCAGAAGUACCGGCUCUACCUGAAAAAGCUCAGCGUUGACAAAUUCAGGCGCUCUAAUCCAUUUGCUGACGAACCUGAGUGGAACAAAGGGAACCCCAUCAACAUGAAUGGACUGGAAAGUUUCAAGCAUAACCUGGAACAUGGUAGAUAUCAGCCAUCCCUAUCCUUUGCUGGCUCUUGGAACUCAAGCAACCCUUUUGCAAGGAUGAAUUCUCCAUCUGUGUUUGGGACGCACAGUUUGCUGCCCACUAAGUCAGUUCAGCUCAUGAGCACCCAGAGAAACUUGUGCAUUCCUCGGAAUGACAUGGGGUCAAUUAAUCAUGGUGGCAGCCUGCUCAAGGAUGGUGUCCCAGGAUCACAGCAGAAUGCUAGAAAAUUCAUCUUGUCUGGCAACUCCUACGCAAAUGUGUCAAAUGGUGCGCUGUCCAGUGCAAGCGAAUUGUUCCCUUCUAGAAGCUCCUUUGCCAAUUCACCAAAUAGCAUGGCGUUCAACAGAAGCAAAUCUUUCCCUUCUGGUGCUUCUGGCAAUUCAUUUGCAAACAUCUCAAAUGAUAGCCCACCACUGGUCACGGGCAUGGGCUUUCCUUGCUCUCGUUCUGGCAAAUCCUAUGCAAGCAUAUUGCGUGGAAAGAUGUUGGCAGCAAGCAGAGGUAUUCCUUUUGAUGCUGACAACUCCUUCACAAACGUAGCAGAUGGUGAGAUGCUGGCUCCUUCGAGUCAUUUUCCAGUGCAGUCUCCUGACAUGGCGAACCAGCCUUCUGUUCAGAUGCAGUCAUCUUAUGCUGAGAUAUUCCGCCAAUUUGUCAGAGAGGAUCCCCGAUUUGCUGGACUUAGCAGCUCCAGCAACACCUGGAAAACUGCUGCGCCGUCGAAGUUUCCUGAUCUUUGCCAUAAGGAUGGAACGUCUGGAGGUCCCUCACAGGGGAACAGCCUCAAGAUCAACCAGUUCUCAAGACUUGCAGCCUCGUCUAGCCAGAUGGCAACUUUUGGAAAUGAAUUUCAGAACCAAACGGCAGAACUCAUGAGGAGAGAAACCACACCAAUGGUAGGUUUUAAUGAGCAGGUGGCACCAUUCAACUUAGGAAGCAACGCAAACUCUACGGCGAUGACGAAUGAUAACUCUGCUCCGGGUAGUGCUUCAAGCAUCAUAUCUUCACUGCCUAAUCUUCAGAUAGACAAUUCUGUCAUGCCGACUCAGAUGCUGAAUGGUGGGGGUGCAAGUGGCAAUCUCUCUGAGCAAGCUUUUUGUGAUAAACUGAAUAACAUCAACGAAUCCCUCAUGGGAACAAGCGAGGCACAGAAUGGGAUGAGUGGUGACUUGGAUGACUUUUUCUCUGACUGGCUCAAUCAAGAUUACUUCAAAAAUGGUGAUGCUUUCAUGGAUGGGGACCGGGAGUUCGCUCCUUGACAUCAACUCUGUGAGAGAGAGAUGUUUCUGCAUUUGUGUGCCCAGCUGCUAAUCAGUCCAUGUUUCUUGCAUGUUGUAUGCAAAAUUGUGCUAUUUGUAGUAGGCUAGCUAUGAGCAGCAUCUUAAGUCGCAUCCCAUGUUCAUCUAGUGUGGUCAUGCGGAGUUAUCUUUUGUAUCACCUGUAGCUUUUAACUUGGUGGCAUUAUGUUAGAGGAUGUGUGGGUGUACACCCCUGCCACCCAAGUCUGUGUCCCUUUCGGCUCGAAUUUGGGUGGCUAUUUUCUUUUCAAUGCAAAAUCAGGUAU